AUGUGGACAAUAUAGUUAGGAAUAAGAGAUGGGGCAUCAGUGUUGCAACAAACAGAAAGUAAAGAAAGGCCUCUGGUCUCCUGAAGAAGAUGAGAAACUUGUCAAAUACAUAAGAACCCAUCAUGGCCAUGGUUCUUGGAGUUCUGUUCCAAAACUUGCUGGGUUGCAGAGGUGUGGUAAGAGCUGCAGACUGAGGUGGAUAAACUAUUUAAGACCUGAUCUCAAAAGGGGCCCCUUUAGUGCACAAGAAAAGAAUAUAAUCAUGGAUCUUCAUCGAAUUAUGGGUAACAGAUGGGCUCAGAUAGCCAAGUGCUUGCCGGGAAGAACAGACAAUGAGGUGAAGAACUUUUGGAACUCCUGCAUUAAGAAGAAGCUCAUUGCAAAGGGGAUCGACGAUCCCAACACUGAUAACCUCAUUUCAUUAAACGCAUAUCAGAUCAUGGACAACAUUUACACCGGCUGGUCAAGAUCUAUGACCACCCUGCUUAAUUCACAUUCUUUGUCAUCAAUCCAUGAAGUUGUAGCCACAACAUAUGAAAACCCAAACCUUGCGGAUAACAUUUGGACAACCAAAGAGCAAAUUCCACAUUCAAUAAUGCCAAUGUCCUUCACGCCAUUUCAUGAGCCAGCAUUGACAGGGGUGGGACAAAAUGAGUGCUUUUGGGGUACUGAGUCCACAAUAAAUGAAGCAAUGACCCAGGUGAAGCUUCAUGAUCAGGAGAAGGCGAUCGGUUGUGAACUUACAGAAUCUUCACUAAUGGAAUUCGUCUCAAGCAGCUAUGAUUUUGAGUUUGUGGACUCUACACUAAUCACUAAUGGCUUGUGGAGUCCAAUGUAAAUCAACUUUCGUGGUACCAUUAAUUGCUAGGAUUACCCUUCUUUUCUUUCCUUUUUUUUUUUUUUUUUUCAAAUAGUUGAUGUGCCUUCAGGUCAAUUUUGGCACCUUAAGUGUAAUCCUUUAUUAAGUAAUUUUAAAAAUAAACCUCUCAUAUUGACAUGGUAUGUCAAUAUAUUUAAAAAAUUAAAUUUUCUUAAGUACUUGUUCUAAGAUUUGAACCUUUUUCAAGUCUUCGAUCAUUUAGUUAUUUGUCAAUUUGUGUGCUUGGAACAUUUUCUUUCCUUCUUCUGUGUAUUUUGUACGUAUUUUGUUACUUUUUGAGUUACUAAUAAACUCCUUUUGGCUGUACGAGAAAAGCAUGCGUUGUUUCUGAGAGCUUGUAUGGUUGCACAAGUAUGGUGAGUGGCUUAUUAUUAUUAUUAUCAUGGUUUUUGGUGAUUAGUGUUAGAUAGCAUGUAGCUUUCUCUUUCUUUGUCUUUUUUGGUGAUUACUGUUAGAUGGCAUAUAGCUUUCUUUUUCUCUUUUUCUGUUUUCUUUUUUUGGUGAUUAGUGUUAGAAAGCAUUUAGCUUUUCUUUCUUUGUUUUUUUUCCCCCAGAAUCCGGGCAUGAGCGCAUGUGCGUGUGAUGUGCUCCUCAACGAGGGAUAGUUGUGCCUGGGCCGUUUUUUCAAUAGUAUAUUUAUAUUAAGGGGAGGAGGAAGUUUUUUUAUUAAUCAAAUUAUAAUAUUUAA